AACAAACCUCACUUGUCUCGCUAAGUAGGAUUAGCAACCGAUUUUACUGUUUAGCUACAGAAUUUUGUCCGUGGCUAAUUCUUAAUUUUUUUUUUUAGUAGUGUCUGGAAUUUGACACAUGAAAAUUAAUACAGAUUCAUAAGAAAGUGCGCAAAACAAUGAGAGAUGUGCUAACAAAGAGGCUCAGUUCAUCAGCAGAAAAACACACAGAAGAAGACUUAGUCGAUCAUUUGAUCAGGGACAUGGAUUCUCAGAAAUUUUUAACAGAAGAUUAUAUAAUUCAGAUGAUGUUUGGUUUGUUAUUUGUUACCUCUGAUUCCAUUUCGACUACAUUGGCUUUGUGUUUCAAGUUGCUUGCUGAACAUGCUGAUGUUUUGGAGGAAUUAAUAGCUGAGCAUGAUUCAAUUUUGAAGAAUAAAGAGAAUUUGGAUGAUCCUCUCACUUGGAAUGACUAUAAAUCCAUGACCUUUACACUUCAGGUUAUUAAUGAAGUAUUGAGGCUAGGAAAUAUUGCACCUGGACUAUUCCGUCGAGCAUUAAAGGAUAUUCCGGUUAAUGGGUAUACAAUACCAGCAGGUUGGGUAAUUAUGAUUGCAACUGCUGCUCUUCACUUAAACUCAGACCAAUUUGAGGAUCCACUUUCGUUCAAUCCAUGGCGUUGGAAGGAAAUACAGCCAAGUUGUGCAGCUAAGAAUUUCAUGCCAUUUGGAUCUGGAAUGAAGCAAUGUGCUGGUGCAGAAUACAGCAGGGUCUUUUUAGCCACUUUCCUACAUGUCUUAGUCACUAAAUAUAGAUGGACAAUGGUAAAAGGAGGCAAAAUUAUUCGAGCACCAAUAAUAAGGUUCCCAGAUGGAUUUCACUUCAAGAUUUCUCAGAAGAACCAAUAAAAAAAAUAUCAUUAUCAUUAACAUAUAUUAUGUCGUGUUUAAUUCUUGUCAAAUAAUGCUUAUCAUUCAGUUUACUGCAA